AUGGUAAGCAAUCGGCGUCGCCCAUGGACACCCGGAACACCAGAAGCGUUACAAGUGCGUUACCGGCCGUUUGGAGAUUAGGAAUUUGAGGAUUGUUGGCGAUUUAGGGAUUGGAGAAAUUGGUAGAGGGGAGGGGGUAAUGAGGCAUCCAGUGAUGAUGAAUGAUGACUGAGAUCUGAAUCUAAACAUAUUAUAAAGAAGAUUUUAAGUGUGGGAGAGCCAUGCU